UGUUGCUUAUGGCUGGUGUUUGUGUACUUGUUUGAUGACCCCCAUUUUUUUGGUAUUUUCUGCCUUGUAUCGUCCGAUUUUAUGGCUUACCAGAAAAGCCCUCUCCAUAGCCACUCCCUUUCGCCCCACGGCAAAAAGCCACGACCGGGGAAGGCACCGUCAGACCGUCUCGUCUUUUACUUUUGAUUCGCCCGGGGUGAUUGAUUGCAUGAACAGGCGUGGGAUCCAAAAAUAAGAAUAGGCUCAACUGCCUGCGGAACUGGCGUCGGGGCAGGGUGGACGUCUAGCCUUGUGAGAUGCUGCACAGUCAUACUCGUGAUGGGAUUUUUUUGUCUUGCUUUCAUCAUUGGAAAGAUGCUGCCUGGUAUUUUUGUGUUGCCUUCUGGGUACAGCCUCAGAUUAUAGACGAGGCUCGUCGAUACACGGUGGACUUUUGAGUAUUAAAACCUGACGUCUUGUCGCCAGGUUGAAGGGCACUACAAUACAACACAUCACUCAUCAAGCCAUCAACAUCAAGACUAAGACUCACUCCAAAGCUCCCUCCUUCGUAUACAAAAUCAAACAUUCCAAGCAACCAUCACCCAACCGCCACCAUGAAGACCACCGCCACCAUCAUCCUCGCCAUCCAGGCCCUCGGUUCCUUAACCACCGCCGCCGCCAACCCAACCGACCUGCCCCUGGGCGUCGAAGUGAUUGAGGAAGCUCCCGGCAACCUCGUCGUCCGCGAAGUGUCUGCCAGCUCCAACCCCCUCCAGAAGCGCUGCAGGGAGUGCGUGCACCUCGCCGGCAAGUGCACCAUCGGCCACGGCAGCUGCUACGCCCGCGAGAAGGCGAGCUGCACCUGGUGCGGCGACAAGUGCGGCUCCAUCUGCGUCAUGAGCGGCACCAAGUGCUCCGACUGGUGCGGCAAGUAGGUGAGAUUGAGGCUGGGCGGGCUGGUAUCAGCUUUUGGCAUUUUGACUUGUUGGGGGAAUAUACUGUGGGUUCUCAUUUUUUUUUCUUGGCUUGGAAAGCAUUGUAUAUAUUGUAACUGCGUUUGCUGGGUAGCUAGAGUCUCUUUUCAUAGUUAGAAUAUUAAAUGUUGUUCAGUUCAUCCGAUUAAACA